AAGUAAUUGAGUUUUUUUGCAUCGGUUGGAAUCGAACUUUGGACCCCUGUUGUUGAAAAUCACUGAAAAAAUAACAAUGACAGACUUGGUACUGGACUCGAACAUCAGACUGUGGGUUUUCAUUCCCAUAGUCAUCAUCACCUUCUUAAUAGGGAUAUUGAGACAUUACGUGUCGGUGUUGUUGGCAAGCGAGAAGAAAGUGGAUCUUCAGCAGAUCAUGGACUCACAGGUACUGUUGCGUAGUCGUAUGUUGCGUGAAAACAGCAAGUUCAUACCGAGGCAAUCGUUUCUGAUGCGGAAGCAGUUCUUCAAUAACACUGAAACCGGAUUCUUCAAGAAGGAAAAACGCGAUCAAAACAUGGCCAAUCCCAUGACGGAUCCCAGCAUGAUGAAGGACGCAAUGAAAGGCAAUAUGAUGAAUGUCCUUCCUAUGAUUGUAAUUGGCGGCUGGAUCAAUUGGACGUUUUCUGGAUUCAUUACUACCAAGGUACCAUUCCCACUUACACUGCGCUUCAAACCGAUGUUGCAACGAGGAAUUGAGCUGGUUUCCCUGGACGCCUCCUGGGUGUCAUCAGCUAGUUGGUACUUCCUCAAUGUGUUUGGUCUAAGAUCAGUUUAUGCGUUGGUUCUUGGAGCAGAUAACAGCGCUGAUCAGGCGUCAGCCAUGCAGGAACAGUUUUCAUCCGCUGGUGUUCAGCAGGGACAAGACAUGAACAAGCUUUUCAAGGCCGAGUGGGAGGCACUUGAGGUUGUCAAUCACGAGUUCGCACUUGAGAAUGUAGAAGAUGAACUGAUGCGAGGAUGGCAGAUCCCAGACAGGUAUAUCACAGGGACGAAUUCGAUCAGGCCGAGUAACGCCCACCAGCAACAUAACGGUCACACUGCCUCGAACCCAUCAUACUAACCCAGAAAAAUAGGACCCCAUUUCCAAUCAAACAAUAAGAGGAGUAUCAACGAAUUAUCAGAAAAUAUUCCUAUUUGUCCUUCGAGACUCAAAUGAUUGUUAAAGAGAACUGUUGCUAUUCGGAGAUGCAAUCUUAACAUUAAUUUCGAUGAACUGUCUGGUAUUUUGAAGAAGUUUUUGUAGCCAUAGAGAGUUGAAAAGCUUUACAGCAAGUUCAUUAAAUAGUCAUUCAUUACCUAUUCGACUGCAAUUCCUCUCGAAGUAAUUAAUUUGUUGUAUUUUUGAAGAAGUUUUUUUCUUUACCCCGCUGCUAUUUAUUUGCUAAUUAUUUUCCUCGCCGUGUACCUCGUUUAAAAUUUAAUAUUGAAGCUA